AUGGUUUCCUUACGCCUCUUCGCCCUUUUGUCGGCGAUUUCUGCCGUUAUCGCUGCUCCCAUCAUUGAGAGCGAGGCUGCUGUCAAUGUGACCGAGAUUGACCGCACCCUCCGCAACGGCGAGGUCCUUGUUGUUGGUGACAACCGAGCUCAAAUUGUUACCGAGGAGGCUUGGAAGCUAUUUGUUGAGAGCUCAGGUGCCUCUUUUGGAGCCCCCGAGGUUGACUACGAUUUCCUCAAGUCUGGCGAUGCUUUUGCAGAGAACAUCGUCAACGACACCAGCCUCGACAAGCGGGACUGUAACAGCAACUUCCAGUUUGUUGUCGACAGGACUCAGCGAUUCGUCGACUGGGACGUGCAAAUGUCCCCCGUUAUCAUUGGCGCUGGCCGUAACGGCAUAGAUAUUAGGAUUUCAAAGUCCUUUAGUAUCGAGAACAAGGUUCAGGUUAGCGCUGGUAUUGAUCUUGGGCUUAUCAAGAAAGUGCUGGGCCUUAAGCUGGGCAUCAACUACUCCCGUUCCUGGAAGACUGAGGUGGGAACUUUGAUCCGCGGCACCAUCGACGACGGCUACACCGGUACCGUCAUCACCAUGCCCUGGACCAACCGUCGGUACGGACGCACCUUCCAGGGCUGUGUUGGCUCUUUGAAGCAAACCGGUACCUUUAUGGCCGACUCUCGUGAGGAAGGCUCAUACGAGGGAGUCUCUUGGGUCGGUGGUGCUAUUACUGCCUGCAUUAAGAAGCAAAGAGGAAUCCCACUUUCCCGCUGCCACGGCUCCGGCAACUUCCGCUAA